UCUUAUUACCACAUGUGAGCCGUGUGUGUGACAGGAGAAAGUCAGUGCGUGUAAGAAGUGUACGCACAUGUGAGGUGCGGUCACUUUGACAGUUAAUUGCAGCGGGUGGUGUAAUUUGCACAGAUCGGUGCGUGCGUGCGUAAAUAAGGAGCACAAAACCUGCCAGGGUGAGAUGAGGCGGAGGGUGAACGGGAGAGGAGAGAAAGUGAAACUGAUCGUGUAGCUUAGAGAGAGACGAGACGAGAGGAAUCUACCGGACACCGGACAGACAGGCAUGACCGGGGUUCUCUCUCAGGUGCGUGCGACACCGCAGAGCCCUGCCCUGGCCGGGAGACGCCAUCAGUACCGCUCCAAUUAAGCAUUUAUCCGGCGCACAGUCUCCACUGCUCUGCUGGAGGGAGAGCCCCGGUGGAAAAACGAAUUUGGACGUCAUUCCACGCUGCACAGACCUAGUAGACCUUAGUAGAGUCCAGUGAAGCCCCGGCUGCAUCAGCAGAAAUGGCUCCAGCAGCCAUGUCUGUGCCUCCAUCCUCUCUUGCCUCCCUCCUCUUCUCCCUCCUCUCCUUCUUUCUCCUCCUGUCAUGUCCUUCAUCGGCCCACGCAGAUUCAUCUGAGAAAAACUGCUCAGCUAGUGGAGACCCCUGUCAGGAAGGCGUGGUACUGCCCGUGUGGAACCCUCAGAACCCCUCUGUAGGAGACAAAGUGGCACGAGCCAUUGUUUACUUUGUAGCACUCAUCUAUAUGUUCCUGGGUAUGAGCAUUAUAGCGGACCGAUUCAUGUCUUCUAUAGAGGUCAUAACCUCCCAGGAGAAGGAAAUCACUAUAAAGAGACCGAAUGGUGAGACCACCACGGCCACGGUCAGGAUCUGGAAUGAGACCGUUUCUAAUCUAACUCUAAUGGCCCUGGGUUCUAGUGCCCCCGAGAUACUGCUGUCUGUUAUUGAGGUGUGUGGUCAUGGUUUCGAGGCUGGCUCCCUGGGUCCCAGCACCAUUGUGGGCAGUGCUGCCUUCAACAUGUUCAUCAUCAUCGCCCUGUGUGUGUACGUGGUUCCCGACGGAGAGACGCGCAAAAUCAAACACCUUCGGGUGUUCUUUGUCACGGCGGCCUGGAGUAUCUUUGCCUACAUCUGGCUUUACCUGAUUCUGAGUGUGUUUUCCCCUGGAGAGGUGGAGGUAUGGGAGGCGGUACUGACCUUCCUCUUCUUCCCCCUCUGCGUGGUCCAGGCCUGGGUGGCCGACCGUCGCCUCCUCUUCUACAAGUACGUGCGCAAGCGUUACCGUGCCGACAAGAACCGUGGCAUCAUCAUUGAGACCGAGGGAGGGGCGGACGGAGGGAUUGGCGGUAUGGACGGAGGGGGAGGAGCAUUGGGUCCGGGGGGGUUCACCAAGAUGGACAUGCUGGAGCUAGACGGACAGAUGGCGUUGAACUGUCACAGCGGGAUGGACGGAGGGAUGAUGGAGGAGGGAGGAGCGAAGGACGAGGAGGACGAGGCAAGAAGGGACAUGGCGAGGAACCUGAAGGAGCUGAAGCAGAGGCACCCGGAUAAAGACAUGGAGCAGCUGAUUGAGAUGGCUAAUUACCAGGUCCUGAUGCAGCAGCAGAAGAGCAGAGCGUUCUACCGAAUCCAGGCAACCAGGAUGAUGAUCGGAGCUGGCAACAUCCUCAAGAAGCACGCUGCCGACCAGGCUCGCAAGGUGGUGAGCAGCCAUGAGACCCAGACCCAGGAGGACGACCCUCACACCAUCAGGAUGGAGUUCGAACCCUCCUUGUACCAGUGCUUUGAAAACUGUGGCUCCUUGAAACUGACCGUUGCCAGACACGGAGGAGACCCUGGAGUUACUGUCAAGGUGGAUUAUCGCACAGAGGACGGUACAGCAAACGCGGGUUCAGAUUAUGAGUUUGCCGAGGGAACACUGCUGUUUAAGCCAGGAGAGACACUCAAAGAGAUCACAGUCGGAGUGAUUGACGACGACAUCUUUGAGGAAGAUGAGUAUUUCUAUGUCCACCUAAGUAACCCUCGAGUGGUUGGUUAUCCUGAGAUUGGCACCGCCCCGCUGGAUGCCAGUGCCACCCCCAAAGCCGUGCUGGGUGACAACCACACAGCCACAGUGACCAUCUACGAUGACGAUCACGCAGGUAUCUUUACCUUUGAGAGUGCCAGUCAGAAAGUGAGUGAGAGCGUAGGUGUGAUGGAGGUGAAGGUGCUCAGGACUUCAGGGGCCCGAGGCCUGGUAGCUGUCCCAUACCGAACCGUGGAUGGCACCGCUAGAGGAGGGGAGGACUACGAACCGGCCACCGGCAAGCUGGAGUUUCAGAAUGAUGAGACCAUGAAGAUCAUCGAGGUGAAGAUUAUCGAUGAUGAAGAGUAUGAGAAGAACAAGGCCUUCAUCAUCGAGCUGGCAGAGCCCAUUCUGUUGGAGAUAGGGCAGAAACACGGUGACUCCAAUGAGAACAAGCCUUUGGUGGGAGCAGAGGAGGAAGAGGUGGCCAAGAUGGGCUGUCCCAGUCUGGGCGAACACACACAAGUAGAGGUGGUCAUAGAAGAGUCCUACGAGUUCAAGAGAGCAGUAAAUGAGCUUAUUUGGCGUGCUGACAAGAGUACGGUAGAUAAGUUGAUCAAGAAGACAAACCUGGCCUUGGUGGUGGGAAGCAGCAGCUGGAGGGAGCAGUUUGUCAAUGCCGUUACUGUCAGCGCAGGAGACGACGAUGAAGAGGAGAGCGGCGAGGAGCGGCUGCCGUCCUGCUUCGACUACAUCAUGCACUUCCUCACCGUCUUCUGGAAGGUUCUGUUUGCUUUCGUCCCGCCCACGGAGUACUGGAACGGCUGGGCCUGCUUCAUUGUCUCCAUAUCACUUAUCGGCGUCCUGACAGCGGUUACCGGCGAUCUGGCAUCACACUUCGGCUGCACGAUAGGACUGAAGGACUCUGUGACUGCUGUGGUGUUUGUGGCACUGGGAACAUCGGUACCAGACACAUUCGCUAGCAAAGUCGCCGCCAUCCAGGACCAGUACGCCGAUGCCUCCAUAGGCAACGUCACGGGCUCCAAUGCCGUCAACGUCUUCCUUGGCAUUGGUGUGGCGUGGACCAUCGCCGCCGUCGCCUGGCGCUCCAAGGGCAAGCCAUUCUUGGUGGACCCAGGAAACCUGGCCUUCUCCGUCACCCUCUUCACCAUCCUGGCCUUGGUGUCUGUGGUCACACUGCUGUACCGGCGGCGGGCGACGGUGGCAGGCGGUGAGCUGGGCGGGCCGCGGACUUGUAAGGUGCUAACGUCGCUGCUGUUCAUCUUGCUGUGGCUGAUUUACAUCCUGCUGGCUUCACUGGAGGCCUACUGCCAUUUACCAGUGUUUUAAAUGGCGAGGAGAGGGAGGGAGAGAGACCCACUGCCAAUAUGAAGAGAGAGAGAGAGAGGGAUGGGACGAGGAGAGAUGGGUAAUAGAGGUGGACCGAUAUGGUCCGAUUCUGAUAUUUUUUAUGGAGUCCGCAGAUCAUUAAAUUCCAUCUUUUUUUUUUUGAUCCAAAACAAUUUUCAGUAUUUCAGACAAAAUUUUUGUGUGUAUACCAUUAUGAAACACUAAAACUCUCCAAUUAAUUCAAUUUCAAUUCAAUUCAAUUUUAUUCAUAUAGCUCCAAUUCAUAACAGAAGUUAUCUCAUUGCACUUUUCCUAUAGAGCAGGUCUCUUUAUAAUAUUAAUUACAGAGACCCAACAAAUCCCACCAUGAGCAAGCAUUUGGCGACAGUGGCAAGAAAAAACUUCCUUUAAGAGGCAGAAACCUUGAACAGAACCAGACCCAAUGUUGGGCGGCCAUCCGCCGCUGCCGUAAAUUAUAUCCAUACAUUAUUGUUUUAGCAUUAGCAGCUCUUUUAGGAAAGGAGACCCACAAUCUUUCCAGUGAUGAAGAAACUUCUAGGAUACAUAAAGCCUCUAAAUUAAGAAUUAUGCAAUGUAAGGCAUUAAUUUAAAAAAAGUGCAAUGCAGGUUUUAAAGAGCACAUUUAUGUAAUUGCCUCAGUCAUCCAUUGGACAACACUGUUUAAUAGUUUAUAAAAGGCUAAUACUGUUCCAGUAUACUGCCAAACCACCAGGAGAGAAGAAGAGAUAGACAGCAAAAGGAGCUUUUAGCCAAUCAGCUGGGCUCUGAAGGGAAAAAGCAAAGGUGAAGAGGAAGCAUAAGGGUGAAAGAUACAACUGGGAAAGUUAAGAGAGGAAUCUGGAGGCAACAAAACUAGUGAAAAGUCUAUAUAAAGUUGAUGGCGAGACUAGAGAAAAGACGACAUCGAAAAAAGUAAAAGAAGAAGAGUAGAUGGGCAAAAAUAUUCUACACCCCCUCCUCACUCUGUCUUGCUCCCUCCAUCUUUACUGUAUCUCGUCGUCACGGGAACAGUGGAUCCUCAAAUCAUGCCCACUGAACUCUAUCUAAUACUGUUAGUGGUUUAUUACUUUUAACCCUUCUUCCCCCAACUGUACACACACAAACACACACACACUUUGGGGCCCUCAGGUGAAUCUGCAGUGGAGGACCGAUCACUACCUUGCGGGCGAACAGGCAAGAUAAAAACGGACGUCUUUUUUUUUUGUCUUGGUCUUUUUUCCUUCUCGCCUUGAAUACACUGUGCGAAAUAGUCCUUCCACCCUACAACACACACACACAGAUAACGUACACUCCCUUUCCUACAAAUACUUUGCAGACUGUACACACUCCUCCGUCCCUCCCUCUUGCCUUACUCUCAUCUGCCCUGUAGGAAUUGUCUCAAAGUUGUGAUAAUGAAACGCUGUAGUCACCACCUACCAGCCCUCUUUUUAAUUGAGCCAGUCCCAAGACCCUCUCCUUUUAUGCCAAACAACAGCCUCGUUUGUCCCAUGAAGGAAACGUACCCUCCCCUGUUUUUUUCUAAACUUUUCAAUGGCGUCACGUGUUGAUGUUGUUACCGUGCAAUUGUAAAAAAAAAAGAAAAGAAAAGAAAAAAGACAUAUAAAUAUAGUAUGGAGAGAUGGAAAUAAAGAAAGUUAAAGCAGGUUGUUUGGAAGAUGGGAUGCAACAUGGAAGAUCAAGAUGUUGGAUUAGCACCUGGAAGAAAUCUCAAAAGUGGGAAUGGAGAAACAUAAGGAAUGUUUGAUAAGCGGAGUGAAGAUUAGAAACAAAAGUCUGGAGAACCAACAAACAAGCAGUCCACCUAGUAAUUGUUGUCUUUCUUGCAAUGAAGAAGCAUUGUGCACUCAUUGUGAGGUACACUGUUUACACUCUAAAGCUGAAUUAAAUGGCGGGUAAAUAAACAUGUGAACAAGCAGAGCCAGAGCCCAGCAGGAAUAUGAUGUAACGCCGAGAGACAUCAACGAACAAGACAAAGGUGGGACCAAUCAGAAUGAAGGAUCUCACUGACAACAACUAAGAAGAUGAUGGUGAUGACAUUGUUGUUGAUGACAAAUCAAACUAUGACCAUACCCAGUGUUUCUAAUUGUACAUGAUAAUAUAAGAAACUUUUAUUGAUGUGUGUAAGAAAACACUGAUAUUUAAUUUAUGUGAAGUCCCCUUCUUUGUAAGGAAGGAAAAGAAAGAUCCAUGUGCCCUUUUUUCCCCUGAAACACAGUUCAAGGAGACAUUUUACGGAAAUCCAUCGCAAGGGAAACAAGGCUGUAAAAUGGUGAACACAAAACCAGAGAUGACUCACAGACAGAGAGAAGAAUCGAAUGCUCUGAGGGAAAUGUACGGCAGCUCUGAAAUAUCACAUGACUGUUCUGCAGCAGAUGUAAAGUUGGGAUGUUUCUUUGUACUCAAAACAAAAAUCACAAUUCUCUGUUAUCCAAAGAUUUAAUAGAAGAACAGUCACAGAUCACCAUUCAUUUUCAGUGUGCAGUUUCACCUUGCAGGCAUUGUGUAGGUUCCACAAGCUGCCAGUUCUAGUUUAAAAAAACUGGUAAUUUUAAAUUCAUAAAGGUGUUCACACUACAGAUAAAUGUGCUUAACCAUUGGUAUUAUUUAUAGGAAUGAGCCUGUAUCAAAAGCUGUGCUAUUUAUUUUGUUUUUGUGCAAAGUGUGUUGAUUCAGGCAUGGUGUGUGUGAAAGUGAAAGUAUAUCAGAAUAUUAUGCCACAUAUCAUAUGAAAUCAACCAUUUUGUUAUUAUUUGUCUGUCCAAGAAAGUGUCAAAUCCAGAUUUAUAUUAUGUGUUAAUAUCCCUGCCCUGCCAAAGGGCUGGACUGAAGCUGAACAGAAAUGAUGGCAUAUGGCUUGUCAGUGCAAAUUAUUGUUAAAUGUAUUCCCCUUGUUAACAACAGCGUAGAAGGAAAAACUCUGCAACCAUUUUCCCCUCAACUGCCCGUAAUGCUGUUUGUAAACUUCAAAGAAAAUCCUGAGAGAAAACAAUAAUUUAGGUUUUUGUCAUACCCCUUGUUCACUAAGAGAAAAUUGGGACUGAAAACAACAAUUUACCUGCCCACCAUCCGCCUUGUUAAAUACGGCCAAAUUAACCUCUACUUUGAGCCCAAUGUAAAUGCAGGCUUUACAAAGCCAGCUCAGUCGUGACCAGGCUGAAUAGACACAAGCUUGUCCGAUGCAGUCUUUGCUAAGGUCAGUGCUUGCACAAAUGGAAGAUAAGUGGUGAUUUGGAGCAGAACGGAGGUGUUACCCCUUCCCUCAAAUGUGACAUUUUAAAUGCCACACCAGCUCCUUGCACUUUCUGACACCUGUAAAGGAAAGGAGAAAGUGAAAUAUUCCAAACUUUAAUUGUAGAAAAUGGGUGAAAACAGAGGUGAAAGCUUCUGUGAUUCCUUCAACAACAGUUUUCUAGCUUAGAGUUACUGUAUCAGCUGAUUUCAGACAAGCUCAGCCAAGAUUCAUUGAUAGAAGGAGUUUGGCCACCGGCCAUGAUGUUCUUGCUUUAUUUCAAAGAAAUAUUUCUUGGCUGCAAAUAUUUAACAUUGCUGUCUAGAAAUUAGUUACAAUGGCAUGCCCAGAUUUUGCACUUCACAGAAGAGCUGCCCUGGGGCUUGUAGGGAUUUAGUGUCUUGCUCAAAGACAUUUCAGCACGUUAAGUGCUUGCAGGGCCGUAGCCAAGAUUACUGAGGUCAUGAGUCCGAGUCCCCCCAAAUGCAAGCCUACCCUUCACAGAAAAGUUUGCCAAACCCCAAAAAGAAAGUUUGUUUGUCCAAAAAAUUGUUAGAAUGUAUUUACAUGCAGAUUUAAAUGUUGUUUCAAAGCCUCAAUGUUGCUGAAUCAUUUGUUUCCUUUUUUGAUGGCCUAAUGGUAAAAUUUAAAUAUAUUGACUCUAACAAGACUAAGAGUCCACAGCCAUACUAGUGGUUCUGUAAAGCUACUACUUAGUGAGCUCCAGCGGUUAAAUGCUAACAUCAGCAUGCUAACAAUGACAAUGCUAACAUCCUGAUGCUUAGCAGGUAUAAUAUUUACCAUUUUCACCAUUUUAGUUUAGUGUGCUAGCUAACAUUCGCUAAUUAGCUCUAAACACAAAGUACAUACAGAGUACAUACAUAAACCAAAAUACUGGACACAUUAAAAUUUUCAACUAAUGAUGGUGCUGGAUGAAAACUUAGACGAUGACAGAAGUCAAUAGGAUUCAUCCCUCUUGGUAAAAUGAAUGUUUGUACAAAAGUUCAUGGCAAUCUAUCCAAUAGCUCUAGAGAUAUUUCAGUCUGGACCAAAGUGGUAGAUUGACCAACCGGCAUUGUCAUCCCUAGAGCCACGCGUGCCAUGAAUACAAUAUCUUCCCUCACAAAUCUAAAAAAAAAAUAAAUCCCUGAAAAAAUACAAAGGAUAUGACCUCUGUGUCCUCAAUUGUAGCUACAGCCCUGGAUGCUUGUUGAUAUGGUGUUUGAAUCUGUAUCAUCCAGCUGAAAUUGUGUGACUAACCAUCCAGAUCCUUUCAUUGUCUCCAUCUCCUUAGUCAUUUCUGUAGCGCGCAGUAUAUCUUAAAACGUAGGAGUAAACCCACCAUGAUGAAGGUCAUCAGCCAGUUGCCAGUUUAGACAUGACUGGCACGUCGGCAUGGCUCCUGGCCCGCUGAGACGCCAGAACGCAUGCCGGGCCAAACUCUGUUUCUCAAUGACAGUUGCCAGUUUAAGAAUGAGUGGGCAGGAUAAUAGUGCUGCUGACGCCACAGGAACACAAGAAUACUGGGACUGAUUUAGAAAUGUAGGCUUUUUAAAGUGUGAUAAGCCUUCCAGGAGGAUGGCUGAGUGUGUGCGCACGUGUGUGUGUCUAUGCGUUUGUGUCUGUGUGUGUGCGUGCUUUCUAAGUGAGUGAAAAAAUGCAGCCAUAUUUUUAGUCUCUUGCCUGUUGCUUAGCGACCAUCUAUCUGCAAGCCGAUGUCUUUUUGACUGUUGCUGGUGUGUGUGAGACAUUGUGUGUGCCAUUCUCUUUUGAUGUGUCUCACUUGGUCUGCUUGCCCUUCUUCUAGUGAAUGUGAUGACAUAGUUUCUCAUUCAUUUUUUCUCUCUCUGCAGGUGAAUUUGAACAUAUUAGGUUCUCAUCAUAAGUGACAUUUUUCAACGUGUGUGUUUCUUUUACUUUAUGCUCCUUGUGCCUCCCACUUGUUUGCAUGUGUGUCCAUCGUGUGUAGAUCUGCAUGCAUAUUUGUGCCUUUGUGUGAUUGAGUGUGUUUGUGUGUCAGUUGUAAUCUCCUUAUAAGGGCUUGCCCUGUUUGUCCCUGGCUGAGUCCCAUACUCUAGAUUAAUGAAUUAGAAUGCCAACCUGACCCACAGUAAAAAUGGCUGGAAAUUGGAUUUCCUCCCUCUUGUGCGUCUUUGAGCGUGCGUGUGUGUGUGUGUGUGUGUGUGUGUGUGUGUGUGUGUGUGUGUGUGUGUGUGUGUGUGUGUCGAAUAAGAUUAGAUAUAUAAUAGAUCUGGCUGUUGAUCAAGACUGGGAAGAGAUGGUGGCACUUUGCCUGAAGAAGUGUGAUGUAUGUGUGUGUGUACAGUAUGUGAGUAACUCUCAUGUAUUAAGGUCGCUGGCUCCACAUCCUCUCAUUGGCUGAUGACUAGAUGCGGACACAAGUGUGUUAAUUUAUACACAUAUACUGUACAUGCAGAAACGCAGAAUCAAUAUGGGAAUCAAUCAGGCAAUCCACACACACGUGCACACACACACACACACAUACAAAUGCUGGCUGUACUUGGUAACUUUGGCAUUUUUGAAAUUCUACAUUACUAUUAAUCGAAGACAUAUUUCCCAGUAAUGUUACACUUCAUCAUAGUUAGAAAAUGACAACAAUGGUGGUCUGAGAUGAAAUUUGAAAUGCAUUUAUUUCCUUCACUGUGUAAGUGUAAGUACAUGGUGGCUAGGUUUAUUUGCUGUGCAUGUGUUCAUGUGUGUGUGUGUGUAUGUGUGUGUGUUAAGGGUGGUUACAGACAUCACUAUCUGUAUCUAAGUUUAAAGAUAUAAAGAUUAUUUGUUAGUUUGUAAGUAUUUGCAUUCUGGUAAACCUGGAGGCUUUUAGAAAUGCAGAGGUCAUGAGUCCAAGUCCCCCAACGCACCCCACAUAAAUUCUUUUUAAUUCAAUUCUUUUCAUAUUUUAUUUAUUCAGUUAAUUGUUCAGUCUAUUAAAUGAAAAAAAAGGUUACCACACAUCUAUGUUCCCCACCCUAAGGUAUCUUAUUGGCACCAAUAUCUAUUCUCAGCUCUAGCAAUUUAUUUAUUUAGAUUUUGUUGGCCCAUAAGUGGUCACAUUUAAAUAUAUUGAGUCAAAUAAUACCCAUCAUGUUUUUAAUUGUUGAAUGUCAUUCCCCUCAAUUUGCUAAAAUCCAAAUCCACACAGUGAUAAGGUAACUUCUUCAAUGCUGUUAUAUGCUUUGAUAAAUGUUGAGAUAUAAUGGAAAGGAUUUGGUUUCUGAAUACAAAAAUAAUACUGAACAAGUCUGAAAAGAUCCAGUCUUUCCAUAAAACACAUUACUUGUAUUUUGUCACAUUUUAGAUUUGGAAACAUCCCUUGUGUAUGUAUAUGUGUGUGUGUGUGUGUGUGUGUGUGUGUGUGUUUGUGUGUGUGUGUUUGUGUGUGUGAGUUUUAAGUCCCCAGACUUGUGUUAAUCAGCCACUAUCUAUUUAUCAGUGUUUCUUUAUUUUGUACCUUUUUUUUCUCCCUCUCUCCCUUUCUACUAUAAGCCACUCCAUUGCUCUCUACCUUAUAAAUAUUUCUAUAUUUUAUCACUUUAUACUCAUUUUAUUAAUAUAUCAUGCAGCCCUAUUUAUGAGGACACAAAGUGCUUUUGAUAUAAAUAUCUGGUAUUUAAAUUUUCCCAUUUAUUUUAUUAUUGUACUUUUUGUUGCAUUUGUUUCCAUUGUUUCAUGUUGUUUUGGUGAUUUGUUUUGUAAAAAAAAAAAUUCCUCAGAGAGUAGAACAAAUUAGUAUAGUAACAAAUUACAGUGAGUGUGCUCUUAUCCUUUUUAUUGUGUGUGUAUGAGCGUGUGUGUGUGGACGCAUGCAUUUCUUCAUAUCAUUCCGUCCACGAGUGUGUCGAUGCAUGAAUUAAAGUCAUUCUGAAUACAGUGUUGAUGUUGGAAAUGUCGUAGUAAAGAGUAAAGUAUUUUUAAACGCUGAAAAUGACAUGACAUGAAAAACGAUGUAGAUGUUUACAAAGACCAAACUUUUCUUUUCUCUCUUUUUUUUUCUUCUCAAAGAUGAAAUAAAAGUUGACUGGCAAAUG